UUAUUACUGCAUGCCAGGAUCCAAGGGGAACCCUGGCCUCGAUGGAGAGCCUGGCGUGCCAGGUACAACUGGAAUCAAAGGAUGCAAAGGAUUUCCUGGAGAGUGUGCCUGCGGUGGCCCUUUAGAGAUUAAGGGUCUGUGUGGCAUUGUGGGACCACAGGGCCGGAAUGGUGACCCUGGCUGUCCUGGAGCCCCUGGAAAACAGGGCAGCAAAGGGGCCCUUGGAGAAAUUGGAUAUCCUGGUCAAAAUGGCUAUAAAGGGCUCAAAGGCGAUAGAGGACUGAAGGGUCAGAAAGGAGAGCCUUUCAUAAUGGACAUAAAAGGUGUGAAGGGUGAGCAGGGUAUUUUAGGACUCCCCGGCUACCAAGGAUGCUUUGGGAAACAGGGGCUCAGUGGAACGAAAGGUUCAAUGGGAGACCCCGGCAAAGAGGGAGAUUGUUACCCAGGGUUUCCUGGUGACAGGGGAUGCAAAGGAUUUAUAGGGAACAAAGGAAUGCCUGGAGAACCGGGUCCUGCAGGUGCUGUAGUCAUGGGUGCGACUGGUGAACGUGGACCUCCAGGUGACCCUGGCCCAUUAGGAGCACCAGGACCCCCUGGAGCUAAAGGUGUCCGAGGCGACACACUGCUAUGCCUUCCUGCUAACCCAGGCCCCCCUGGACCCAAGGGGAAGUGUGGCAUUUCAGGAAGUACAGGAUCACCUGGUAUUCGAGGAAUUGAUGGACCUUGUGGACUAGAUGGACCAAAAGGAGAACGUGGAGAUCCUGGACAGUGUGGUUUGACUGGGCCAAAAGGAGUGCCAGGCUGUGAUGGGGAUUGUGGUAAAAAGGGCCAGGAUGGUACAAGUGAACCUGGAAAGCACGGAUCCCCAGGCCCCCCAGGCAUUCCAGGGCUCCCAGGGCAACGAGGGGAGUCUUUGACUGGUCAUAAAGGGUUACGUGGGCUCAAUGGAAGUAUAGGAGUAUUUGGACCUAAAGGAUUUCCAGGCCCAAGAGGUCCACCUGGAUUACAAGGUUUCCCUGGGAUGCCAGGCAUGAGUGGCUGUAAGGGACAAAAGGGGCAGCCUGGAGCUCAAGGCCAACGUGGUACUUCAGGAGAGGUGCCGACGCAGUGUGACUGUGGACCUCAUGGCCCAGGAGGGCCUCCAGGGUUUCGGGGUGACACUGGCCCUCAAGGCUGUGAUGGGGAAAAAGGUGACAAAGGGGAGAUUGGUGUUCCUGGUUAUGGGUGCAAAGGCCUACAGGGGAACUGUGGCCCCCCUGGAGCCCCAGGAUGUCCCGGAUCUCAGGGGCCCCCAGGAGCAUCAGGGGAGCCAGGAGUCUCAGGAAAAGUGGGGAAGAAAGGCAUCUGUGGCGUGCCUGGUCAAGAUGGAUUAGCUGGUUGCCCCGGAAAAACUGGCUAUCUUGGGCCUCAAGGGAAUAAAGGGGAGAUGGGCUUCAAUGGUCAUCCUGGUCCCUGUGGGGAUAUUGGAUACAAAGGAGUGAAAGGUUUCCAGGGUGUACAGGGACAACAGGGAGGCAGCAAUGUGAAUAACAUUCCAGGUAGUAAAGGGUGCCCUGGACCGUGUGGUUUGGAUGGGAUCCCUGGGCCCAGAGGAGUCAAAGGCCAGCUUGGGAAGUGUGGCCCACCUGGCUUGAAUGGAAGUCCUGGACCACCUGGCCAGUGUGGUCCUCAAGGACCACCAGGAAAGUGUGGUGUACGUGGCUUAUGUGGCCUACCUGGUUCUCGUGGAUGCAGGGGUAAUCCUGGAUUCCGUGGUGAAUGUGGAGACCCAGGAGACUGUGGGCCAAGUGGAAUACCUGGGAAUCCAGGUUGUACUGGUGCCAAGGGCUUGAAAGGUGAAAAGGGAGAAUCUAUUUAUGAUAAAGGAAUAGCAGGAGAGAGAGGAAACCCUGGAGACAAUGGUGCAUGUGGUCCGAGAGGAGACCCUGGUGACUCCGGACUGUCAGGUGCCUCUGGCUAUACAGGACAAAGAGGAUUGCCUGGAGAACCUGGGCCUGAAGGACCACAAGGAAACCCAGGUCACAUGGGCCUUCAAGGUCCAUGUGGAAAAGAAGGACAGGAAGGUCUUGCAGGAUUCCCUGGACAGAUUGGACUAUUUGGAAAUCCAGGACCUAAAGGACUUGCAGGGCCCCCAGGACCCUUAGGUUUACAUGGGCUUGAUGGACUAAAGGGUGAGAAGGGAGAGAAGGGAACCAAAGGUUCUGGACAGACAGGACCCUCAGGACACAGGGGUGUUCGAGGCAAUAAAGGCCCCAGGGGAGCAACAGGCCCUAUUGGGCACUCCAAACAAGGGAUAAAAGGCUCCACAGGGCAAAUGGGAUGCUCAGGAUCUCCAGGAGAAGAUGGCCCUAUUGGUCUUCCAGGUGCAGACUGCAACAAUUCCUUACAAGGUUCUUUUGGAGAUCUCGGCUUACCUGGACUAGAUGGGUUAAGGGGGCCGCGUGGAGAUAUAGGGUUCCCUGGUCCAUCUGUGCCAGUUAUGGGGGAUCAGGGGGAUAGAGGCCCAGCAGGACACUGUGGCAUCAAAGGCUCGCUUGGCCAUCCUGGACCCUGGGGUCCCAAAGGGGGUAGUGGUUUGCUAGGGCAAAAAGGUAAAAAGGGUAGUCAAGGAUUAACAGGCCCACCAGGACCCAUGGGACCUCCUGGAUCACAUGGCCCCCUUGGACUCAAGGGUGAGAAAGGAGUGUCUGGUGAUCCUGGUCCUCAAGUAGUAUGUGACAGCAGACCUGCUAAAAUGCAUCAUAUCAUCCCUGGACAGCCAGGGCCCGCUGGCCUACCUGGGCACCCUGGUUCUCCUGGUGAUUCUGGGGUGGUAGGAUACGAAGGACCAAAGGGUUUAAAGGGUCAUAGAGGUUUACAUGGCCACCCAGGACAGCAAGGACCUUCUGGACCAGUUGGACCUCCAGGAGAUCAUGGAAAAAGUGGAGAAAAGGGAGUGCCAGGAGUUCAAGGUGCCACUGGUCAGGAGGGUGAUCCUGGAUAUCCAGGCCCAUCUAAAAGGGUUAGCUCUGGGUUCCUGUUGGUGCUGCAUAGCCAAUCAGAGGUCAUCCCAGAAUGCCCAUUCGAUAUGAAAAUAUUAUGGAGUGGUUACAGCCUAUCCUAUCUGCAACUCCAAGGGAAAAUACACACAAUGGACCUGGGUCAGACUGGGUCGUGUUUGAGAGUCUUUAGCACCAUGCCAUUCUCCGUCUGCAAUAUGGGCACUUGUAGCUAUGCUGAGGGCAACGACAAGUCCUACUGGCUAGCCAGCACAGCACCGAUGCCCAUGGCACCCACAUCUGGGGCACAGAUCCAGCAGCACAUCAGCCGCUGUGUCGUAUGUGAGACACGAUCACCCAUGUUUGCUAUGCACAGCCAGGAUACAUCUAGCCCACUUUGUCCCUCUGGCUGGCUGACACUGUGGAGAGGAUACUCCUUCCUCAUGCACACAAGUGGAGGCGACAUUGGUGCUGGGCAGGCUCUGAUGUCGCCAGGAAGCUGUUUGAAGGAUUUCCGUACCCAGCCAGUUAUUGAGUGCCAAGGGGAACGCGGCAACUGCAGCUACUUCACCAUGGGCUUUAGCUUCUGGUUGACCCGUGUGGAUGAACUGGGACAAUCAGGACUCGACAAGUCACUGGAAAUACUCAAGGAUGAGAUGCAGCAGCGCCAGCAUGCUGGCCAGUGUAGCGUCUGCAUGAAACAGUGACACUUCCAUCACCUGAGCCCUACACGCCGCACUGAAAUGCACUGGAAAUGCACAAACAGUUUAUUAGAUCAUCUGGGAAAAUACAUUUAAGAAACUCUGAGAUAUUUCAGAUAACUCAGAGUACACAGUACACAAAAUAUUCCACAGAAGAAAUUCAAAACAGAUCCUAGUAAAAUAAUAUUUUUAAUUGGCUUAAAAUUGCUAAAUGAAGGUACCCAAAACUUACAUUUAUGUUCAUUUAUAUAACAGAUGGAGGAGCAAUCCCUCACAUUAGCAAGGUAAUCACUUGGUUAGUUAACGGACAUGAAAAACUAAAAACGUACUUUAAUCCAUAAAUUUUAUCA